UGGAUACUGCAGCGCGUAAAAGUUGUGGAUGCUUACUUUUACGCAUACACAUUUAAGGGACUAUUUUAUCGCCAAACGUUGCAGUAUAAUAAGAGAGCAGGUGAGAUUCUUCCCACUGCAAAAAUACCGCCAACAAGCAGGCUGGAAGACCAUCCACUCCGGAGAACACCGCGGAUCCGCAGAGCGCAGAUGAUCGCAACUGGUGUUUGUGGAGUCGCGCUGGUGCUGGUGUUGGUGGUUCUGAUCCCGGUCGUGGUGAACACCGCCGGAACUCCUGCCCGCUAUGAGAUGCUCGGCUCCUGUCAGAUGGUAUGCGACUCCCACGGGACAGCGGCGACAGCCACGGCAAAGGCAACCAGUCCGAUCAAAGACAACCGCCUGGUUCAGUCGCUUCCCACGUUCAUCCAAGGUCCUCAGGGAGAGCCGGGGCGCGUGGGGAGGAUGGGUCCGAGGGGUCCGGUGGGCGAGCCCGGACCCCCUGGACCUGCUGGUCCUCCUGGAGAAAGAGGGGCGCCGGGCCCUCCCGGUUUACCCGGGGCUCCUGGAAUGAAUGGGCCAAAUGGUGCCAUCAGCGCUGCCACCUACAAUACAAUCCCAAAGAUCGCGUUUUACGCGGGACUGAAGAAGCAGCACGAGGGAUAUGAAGUGCUGAAAUUCGACGACGUGGUAACAAACCUUGGCAACCAUUACGACCCCGCUACUGGGAAAUUCACCUGCUCAAUACCGGGAAUUUACUUCUUUGUUUACCAUGUGCUGAUGCGAGGAGGAGAUGGGACCAGUAUGUGGGCUGACCUCUGCAAAAACAACCAGGUGAGAGCCAGUGCCAUCGCCCAGGACGCCGACCAGAACUACGACUACGCCAGCAACAGUGUCGUCCUGCACCUGGAGCCCGGGGACGAAAUUUACAUCAAACUGGACGGUGGUAAAGCGCACGGGGGCAACAACAACAAGUACAGCACGUUUUCCGGCUUCAUGUUGUACGCUGAUUGA